AUGGCCCCUCCUAAAAAAGCGUUGAUUGCAGUGACCUCCGCUCAUGCUCCUCUCUAUCCCAAGGGCCAGGAGACGGGGCUCUUCAUAACCGAGGCACUGCACCCCUUUAACGUGUUCAGAUCCUCGGGCUUCGACGUCGAUCUGGUCUCCGAGACCGGCACCUACCAGCCGGACUGGCUCUCUCAGCAACCGGACUGGCUGCCGGAUAAGGAUAGAAAAGUAUGGGAGGAUCAUCAGAGCGAGUUCAGAUCGAAGCUGGAUAAGUUAUUGAAGCCGCAGGAUAUUGACCCGGAACAGUACGGCUUGUUUUUCGCCUCAGCUGGCCACGCCUCAUUGAUCGAUUACCCUGACGCCAAAGGUCUGCAGUCGAUUGCUUCGAAGAUGUAUACUAAAGGAGGCAUCAUAUCCGCAGUUUGCCAUGGUGGUGCCAUCUUUUCGGGAAUAAUCGAUCCCUCAACGAAGAAAUCCAUCAUAGACGGCAAAAAGGUGACCGGGUUCACCACUAAGGGUGAGGAGGAAGAAGGCGUUCUCGACACGAUCAAGAGCUGGAACAGACCCACCAUCGAAGCCGCCGCGGCGUCGGCGGGUGCAACCUAUAUACCGCCACCAGGACCCUGGGAUGCAUUUGCCUACACUGAUGGCCACAUCGUCACUGGCGCCAACCCGGCCAGCGCGACUGUGACUGCCGAGGCAGCUGUGAAUGCGUUUGGCAAACUUUGA